AUGGCAAAUCUUCCCGGUCAACUUGAGCCCAUUGACCUGCGCUACUGGCCAACUUGUGAAAAUGCUCUGAGCUGGUCCUCAGAAGGUCUAGCUGUUGCUACAGGUGAGGCUGUACAGAUCUUGAUUCCGAUCGAUGCCUCAGGCUCUCGAGGUCUCCCACAAGAUUCGCAAUGGCGCAAGUCUAUGUUUUCUGUCAACCAGUUCCAAGAUGAGGAAUGGUCGCACGUGUCCUUGGCUACUAUCAGACACUUUUCGAUUGGCGAGGAAUUGUCUGACUCAAUCAUUAUCUCGCUCGCGUGGUCACCUCCAGGACUGGGUCUCCACAGGCGGAAUGUGCUUGCAAUUCUUACAUCUAACCUGGUCCUUUCGUUCUGGGAAGGUGAUGGGAAACUGGAUCAAUGGAAAAGAACCGCCGUUGUCAACCAGCACCUACCGAACAAUGACGAUUGUGACAGUACAACAGACUUAGCCAUGCAAAGAGAAGAGAGAAGGAUACGUGCAUUCUGUUGGAUUCCACCCAUCAAAGCUGGUAGCAGUAUCAAAUGGGGCCAACAUUUAUUGGCUGUUGCAGAUGACUCCGACAGAAUCUCACUAUUUCGCGUCACAAAGAAAGAAAGGUCGAAGGUUGGACAUUGGUCGUUCGAAGUACUGGGACAGCAUGCUAUCGAGCCUGUGACUCCUGAAUCCUUUAACGGAGGAAGUUUGGCAUCGGUAUUGUCGGUUUCUUCUCGUGUUUCAAGGAUCAAAGCGUCGGAGAUUCAAGAAGACAACAGUGCAAACCGCAAGACCUUUACCUUCACUUUACAUCUGCGCCGAGCCAACGGUGGUUUCCCAAAAGCUGUUUCCGUAAAGUUUCACGUUGAUCCAGGUAACGAGCCCGCUGACAGCGCAUCGCACGAAAUGUCACUCACCUCUCAAGAUUCUGGAGUGCAACCGGAGCCUGAUCAGGAUCAUGGAGUCACCGAAGCCGACUUUGAGCCGGCCCUUAGAAGACCAAGAUCUGAUUUUGAUGCUGCAUUCAGCCUAUCAGGCAAGAUCCGUACUCGCUUCUAUGGAAUCUCACUCUCUCCUGACAAGAGUCAAGCUGCAGCUUGUGUUUCCCUCCAUCCUACCGAUAUGAUUGAAGCUGUUAUGCCAGCCACGCAGCACACACUGAUUGUUUUCAACAACACCAAUAAUUCAGCAAAUGUUACCGGGCUUGAGAAGACCUUUCUGAUCGUCCUAGAAGAGCUACUGGCAUUCAUUUCAUCUACAGACCCAAAUUUGAUUCAAUCGGAAUUGGAUCGAAAAAUUAUCAGGAGUACUAUUUCAUUAAUCCUGGGUGAUCCUACGACAUUUCAAAAGUUUACAAUUUGGGCGAGGCUGAUGUCGGAUCGGUUGCCAAAUGGUCGACACGAGGAUGAAAUGGACUUGGACAAAGAAAUAGAAGACGUCGCCGGAUCCGGACGGUCAUGGCAAGAGUACUGCGAAACCCAGUCUCAGCAAGAUGCACCCAUGGGCAUGAAUUCAGUCGGUGCAAUAUAUCUCUUAUCGCUAUACAGGAGCCUGGCAUCUCGAAGUAUUGUGCCAAAUGUGGCAGGCAUUUCCUGGACAUUGCAAACCUAA